CACUGCUCAAAUAACAGAGAAUAGAAAAGGCAAACAGCGACGCAGGAUAGAUUGGCAGACAGAGAGCGAGAGAGAAGAAAGGAGGAAGGAGAUGGGUAGCUGCAAUGUUUUUGCACCCAGUUGCCACCUUCAGAUUCAUGUCGCAAACGAUGCCUGCCAUCCCCAGUUAAAUCUCAAAUCUCCUCCCUUUAUGCUUCCUUCACUGGCUAAGAAACAGACGUCACAGUUUGAUACGCGGCGGAGAGCUUCCAAAGUGGUGGCCUAUUUUGGCUUGAAGCCUCCUCCUUACCAACUUGAUGCAUUAGAGCCACACAUGAGUAAGAAGACGGUGGAGUUGCACUGGGGAGGUCAUCAUCGUGGUUAUCUGGAGAACCUGAAUAAAGCUCUGGCGAAAGACGAUGUUCUGUACAGCUACACCAUGGAUGAACUUAUCAAUGUUACCUACAACCGUGGCAACCCUCUACCUGCUUUCAACAAUGCUGCUCAGGUCUGGAAUCACGACUUCUUUUGGGAAUCCAUGCAACCAGGAGGCGGUGGUAUACCUGAACUUGGUCUGCUCGAUCAGAUUGAAAAGGAUUUCGGUUCCUUCACAAAUUUCAGAGAGAAAUUUGUGGAAGCAGCCUUGACAUCUUUUAGUUCUGGCUGGGUUUGGCUUGUCUUAAAGAGAGAAGAAAAACAUCUUGCUAUAGUAAAGACAUCAAAUGCCUUCACUCCACUUGUUUGGGAUGACAUUCCUAUAAUCAAUUUAGAUGUGUGGGAGCAUGCUUACUAUUUGGACUACAAGAAUGAGAGAGCAAAGUAUGUCAACACCUUCAUGGACCACCUCGUAUCCUGGAAUACAGCAAUGGGAAGGAUGGCUAGGGCAGAGGCCUUUGUGAAUUUGGGGGAACCUAAUAUCCCAGUUGCAUAAAAGGCUGCGCAGUCAGACUCAAGAAAAGUCCACGGUGGAGUCCGAGCCUUCCAAAUGUGGCCCUUACCUAAUAUUGGAAUAUCAUUUGGAGACAAAGGAAAGGAGCCACUUGUUGUGUCGCGCUGAAUGAAGUGUUGUCAUGGUAUAGGGCAAGGGGUCAGUCUGCCUAAGAUUCUGGCUGAAUCAGAGUAUGCAACGAUUGGAAAUGAGAAGUGAUGAGAAGUCAGGAGAGGAAAAGGAACUGAAGGGUUCGUGGAUGCCAUAAACUCUGAGGACCCUUGUCUUAGGAGCUAACCAACUAGUAAGGUAGAUAACUAAAAAAACUGAAGCAAAUGGCCUUAACAUUUUCUAUCCCAAUUUUGAAGAGGUUGUUUGCCUGGUUUUGCAGUUGAUAGCAUUUGCUAGAACAAAGUCAGAAACUCUUGUGUGGAUUAGUGAAUUCUGUCAUAGAAACCCUGUUUCGAAUGCAUGGCUUCAAACACUCCCUUUCGUCUCCUUUCUCUGUGUCAAUUAGCUGACGAAGGCGCUGCUGACUCCGCAAAACUACUGAAUCAUAUUGGGAAUGAGUGUCCAAAUAAUGUGUUGCUUUAUCUGGGAAAAGCCACCAAUGCUUGUCAGAACUGACAUUGGCUGUGUGCACUGUGCAGGCAGGUUCAAGAGCCAUUGAUGCUUUACUGAAUAAAGUCUGAAGUCAGAC